UCCACCCUAGAUCCCUCACACACUUCUCUCGCCAGCCGACUUCUCUCUCUAAUACCUGGUAGCUUCGACCAGGUAACCUAAUCUAUUGAGAGGAUUUGAACUCGAGCUGAGAGGUGAUUGAUUUUGCUUGUGGAGUCGAUAUGAACGGCGGGGAUUUGAAUCAGAAUCAGAACCAGAACCAGAACCAGAACCAGAGCAACCCGCAGCAGCAGUUGCAGCACCAGCAGUGGGUGGCGAUGCAGCAGUACCAGCAGCAGUGGAUGGCGAUGCAGUAUCCUGCUAUGGCGAUGCAGCAGCACAUGAUGUAUAAUCAACAUUACGCCCCGUACUACCAUCCGCAGCAGUAUCACCAGCCGGCCGCGGCGCAGGGGCAGAAGCAGAACAAUCAGAUUCACAACGGAGCUGAAGAUAACAAAACGAUCUGGAUUGGAGAUCUCCAGCAGUGGAUGGAUGAAGCCUAUAUCCACUCCUGCUUUUCUCAAUCUGGAGAGGUUGUCUCAGCCAAGGUAAUCCGCAAUAAGCAGACAGGGCACUCCGAGAGAUAUGGAUUCAUCGAGUUCAGUUCUCAUGAAGCUGCAGAGAAAGUUCUGCAGAGCUUCAACGGAACCAACAUGCCAAAUACAGAGCAACCAUUUCGCUUGAACUGGGCAGCCUUUAGCGCUGGUGAUAGGCGCCCUAACACUGGUGGUGGUGGUGGUGGUGGUGAUAUUGGUUCUGAUCUGUCAAUAUUCGUUGGAGAUUUGGCCUCUGAUGUUACUGAUGCAAUGUUGACUGACAUCUUUGCUGGUAGAUAUCCAUCUGUAAAAGGUGCUAAAGUUGUGGUUGAUGCAAAUAGUGGGCGUUCAAAAGGUUAUGGGUUUGUCAGGUUUGGAGAUGAAAACGAGAGGACCCGAGCCAUGAAUGAGAUGAAUGGUGUUUAUUGUUCUAGCAGACCUAUGCGAAUUGGUGUUGCAACCCCUAAAAAGACUUCUCAACAACAACAACAAUAUUCUUCCCAAGCUGUCAUAUUAGCUGGUGGUGGUGGUGGUGGAUAUGCAAAUGGUGUUGUCCCCCAAGGUCAUUCUGAGAAUGACUCAGCUAACACAACAAUAUUUGUCGGAGGACUCGACUCUGAUGUAACUGAUGAAGAACUGAGACAGUCGUUUACUCCAUUUGGAGAAGUUGUCUCUGUGAAAAUACCAGCAGGAAAGGGAUGCGGUUUUGUUCAAUAUGCAAACAGGAGCAAUGCAGAGAAUGCUAUUGAAAGACUAAACGGGACGGUUAUUGGCAAGCAGACUGUUCGUCUAUCAUGGGGUCGAAGUACGGGUAACAAGCAGUCGAGGAUGGAUGCUAACGGUCAGUGGAACGGGGCUUAUUACGAGAGGCAAGGGUACAACGGCUAUGGAUAUGCUGCAGCAAGCCCAUCAUACGGGGCUCCUUCAAAUGGUCACGGGAAUCUCCAGCAGCCGGUCAGCUAAAACCUGCUCGAUUGUGUGUCUUCGAGCUCUUAUUUAUCGAGGGAAAAAAUGUAUCCAAACCCAGAGGUUGUCUGGGGAAAAAGAAUUUUGUAGCUGGAUUUAUAUAUCGCAUGAGACUUGCUUA